CACUGCGGAGUUCAGCAGAGGAGAGAUGAAGAGAGCUCGAGACAGAAACCCAACCGAAAUCACAAAGCUAUAAAAACAGAGGCUUAAACUCGCCGCUACUGAGUCCAACUCAACAUCUCUGCCGUGGACUUUGAUACCAUAUCUGUGUUUAUUCAGGGCUGGAACCCCCCAUUUGGACUGUGCGUUACCAUGCUGGGAGUUCAAAGUGAUGCCCUCCUUGUUGGUUUCAUGCUUUGGAUGGGGAUUCUAUGGGGAGAGAUCGCAACCCAAGAUGAAUUGGAUUUCAUCCCAACACCCAGCCUUGCUCCGGUGAUGCAGGUACCAGCCCCUAAAGAACCCCCCAGAGGAGUUGCCUCCAUGGGGAAGGACUUCCUCGAGUCGGUUCUGUCUCAUAAGGACCAACUGCUGGCCCAGAAGGGAGUGACCCUUCCUAGCGGUUUACCCCCUGAUAUGUUGCCCAUGUUGGGGAUAGGGUUGGGGGCCAGAGCAGAGGCCCUGUCCCCUGACCAGCCCCUCUUGAGGAAGAUGAUCCCUGUGUACAGUGGCAUUGCCCACCCCACUUUACCUCCGGCCGAUGAUUUGCCCACUGAACCCCCGGAAGACGUCGCAACUCCAGUUUGGGAUACCGAUGCCCCAACGCUACGUCCCGACACUGGCUCUAAGCCUUUAUUCACUGCUGCUGUUCCAACUACUGUGAACACUGAGGCAACACCUGCCAUUUUCACCUCAGCUGUAACAAACUGCAGGGUCAAUUUCACUGACCCAGAAGGCUACAUCGAUUCUUCAGAUGAUCCACCCCUUCCUGAAGGAGUGUUCCUGCAAUGCACAUACACAGUGACCGUGUACACUGGCUAUGGCGUGGAGCUACAAGUCAAAAAUGUAAAUCUGUCAGAGAGCGAGCAGCUGUCAAUCAGAGGCAUUGAUGAAGGCGGCGCCUUACUCGUGCUGGCUAAUCAGACGCUUCUGGUGGAAGGUCAGGUCAUCCGCAGUCCAACUAAUACAAUCUCUGUGUUCUACCGGUCAUCUCCAGAGGGAGGCGUCGGCAUGUUCCAGCUACAUUACCAAAUUUUCCGUCUGAGUUGCGCCCUACCCAGACGGCCUCAUUUUGGUGAGGUGUCAGUGAAAAACUUGCAUCCUGGAGGUACGGCCCAUUUCCAGUGCCAUAUGGGAUACCAACUGCAGGGCGACGACACCCUCACCUGUCUCAAUGCAUCACUUCCUGUGUGGAGCAAACAUGAGCCCAGCUGCAGAGCUUUAUGUGGAGGUGUCAUAAAAAACGCCUCGGUAGGCCGGGUGUUGUCCCCCUCACCCCAUUCAGGCCAUAACAGUACUCUGGAUCGCAGCUGUUCUUGGUCCUUGGAGGCCCCUAAUGGCCAGAGGCUGCACCUGCACUUGGAAAGAAUGGUGUUGGGUCCAACAGACAGGCUUGUCUUAUGGAGCGGUCUCGAUGCUGGUUCAGUGGUUCUGUUUGAUUCCGGCCGUGGUGGUCCAAUCCCAUUUGAGGGAGUGAUCAGCGAGGGCCCGUCUGUUCGGGUCCAGUUUAUAACAGACCAGCCAAACAACCACAACACUGGAUUUAACAUCCGCUUUGAGGCGUUUGAAAAGGGACACUGCUAUGAGCCGUACAUCCAAAAUGGAAAUUUCAGCACAACAGACUUAACCUAUGGUGUGGGUACAGUCGUGCAGUUCGCCUGUGACCCGGGCCACUCACUGGAGCAGGGCCCUCCCGUCAUCGAGUGCAUCAACACACGAGACCCCUACUGGAACGACACAGAGCCCCUCUGCAAAGCUCUCUGUGGCGGUGACCUGUCUGGCCCCAGCGGUGUUAUUCUGUCCCCAAACUGGCCUGAAUGGUACGGGGAGGGCGAGGACUGCAACUGGAGAAUUCACGUUGGCGAGGACAAACGUGUUCUGUUGGACGUACAGCUAUUGAAUCUGAGCGACAGUGAUAUGUUAACCAUUCUGGAUGGCGAUGAGGUCACAACACGUAUUCUGGGGCAGUUUGUGGGGGGCACCAGCCCGUUCAAGAUGUCCUCCUCGACCCCUGACCUCACCGUCACGUUCCACUCUGAUCCAGCUGGUCUGGUCUUUGGGAAAGGAGAGGGAUUCAUCAUCAACUACAUGGAGGUGUCUCGCAACGACUCCUGUCCGGACCUACCUGAAAUACAGAACGGUUGGAAGACCACCUCUCAUACAGCCCUGGUCCGUGGAGCUCGCAUCACGUAUCAGUGUGACCCGGGGUAUGACCUCGUGGGUAGUGAAACUCUGAUCUGUCAGGUUGACCUGAACUGGAGCACCCAGCCCCCCUUUUGUGAGAAGAUUAUGUACUGCACAGACCCUGGCCACGUGGAACACUCCACACGCACUCUGUCUGAUCCCAAACUGCUGGUUGGCACCACCAUUCAGUAUAGCUGCAUUCCCGGAUUUAUCCUGCAGGGUGGCGCCACACUUACUUGCUACGGCCGUGAGCCCGGCACCCCAGUUUGGACAUCUCACUUGCCACAUUGUGUCUCGGAAGAGUCUGUAUCAUGUGAGAAUCCUGGACUUCCUGACAACGGCUACCAGAUCUUGUCAAAAAGACUUUACCUGCCGGGAGAAUCUCUAACCUUCAUGUGCUACCAAGGCCAUGAGCUCAUUGGUGAGAUGGCCAUUAAGUGCAUUCUAGGAAAUCCCUCAUUUUGGAGUGGUCCAUUACCACUUUGCAGAGCCAAUCAUGAGUGCUCUAGCCAUCAUGCAUUAGAGGUGGCUGAGGCUGCGGCGGACUCCUCUUUUGAUGGGGGGAGCAUGGCUCUAGCUAUAUUUAUACUAGUGCUGUUAGUGUCUGUCUUACUGGGAGGAACCUACAUCUACGUCACAAGGUGUCGUUACCAUUCAAACCUGAGACUGCCUCUAAUGUAUCCACAUCCCUACAGCCAGAUCACUGUGGAAACAGAGUUUGACAACCCUCUCUAUGAGACUGGAGGGGACACGAGAGAAUAUGAGGUGUCCAUAUGAAGAGACACGCAGAGACGUCCCGUAUUGCUGCAGUGCUUAGAGGAAGUGAUGUAAAUAGCUCCUGACAAUUCCACUUUCCCUACCUCCCCAACCUCCAGAGGACAGGAACGCUAAUGAGCAGAGAGAGAGAGAGGGUCUCGGGAGGGGUUGUGAAACAGGAAGUAUCAGUGCAGAAACAGGUCGGCCUGUAGAAGUUACUGUGGUUUUAUGACACAUAUGCACUUACAGUGGAGGGUCCUCAUUUACCAUUCACAAUCAUGCGUAUGUAUGAACGUAUAAGGCUUUGUUAACAAUGCACAUAAAUCCGAUUUGGUUUGGUUUUGGUAAAAAAUCAGAUUUCUGCUGCCUGUCUGAACAAAGCCUAAGUGUGACGUGACAAUGUGAGAGUAAAAGCAAAUGAAUGAGUUUGUACAAUGUUCUUUCACCUCAACAACUUGACUUAUUGGAAAAGUCAAACCUUGGAGUAUGUGAAACACUUUGUUCUGAUAUAAAGGUGUCGUGGUGGCGCCGUCUGUGUGUGUUUGUGGCCUGUCCUGCCUGCUGUCAUUUUUUAAGUCUUUGUACUUAGAGCAGUUUGUAGUGCAGGUUUUAAAGUAGUAUUUUUUCCCUGUAAGUGACGUCCUACUACAGCAGAGACCAAAAUGUAUUUAUUUUGAAGUAUAUGUGAAAUGUUCUCUGCUGAUGAUAAUGAAUACUUCAUUUCAGAGAUGAAUGAAAAAAGAAAUGUUAAAUAAAUAAAUACAUUUAAAUCUUUUUUAACACA